AUGGCUACUCAGCUGUCCUGUGACCGCCCGCACUCCCGUGUGAGCAUGGUAUCCAACCAGACAUAUCAUAGCUUCAACGACAUCGAAUCUCAUGAACCCGAAGUCACCUCGCAACAAACCACCAUCGUCUGCCAUGCUCCUCUCUCAAAAACUCUUAGUGAGGACCGUCCUCCACCGCCCAUCCAGGAAAUGCGUCGCCAAGAUUCCGGCUACGCAUCUAUUCAACGCAAAGAAUCUCGCUCGUCGUGCCACCUAUCAUCUACCCUCUCGGCGCCUUCCACUUCAGCCAAGCGGCGCUCAAGACCAGCCGUCCAACGAUCCUCAACCGACACAACCCCCGGCACUCGCUCGAGCAGGAAAGCUGGCAAGACCGUCUCACAUCGUCGGUCUUACCAGUGUCGUCCAACCCAGUCUCAGCAGCCAGUGACGUAUUUUGAGUUCCCUGUCUUCACCACCUCGAACCCCGAAUAUGCCAUCGACGAGGCCGAGGUGAAUGAGGACGAGUCCGCGCAGACACAUGUUCAUCCCCUACCACCGCAGACAACACACUAUUGGACCAGCGACUCUACCAGGAGGAUGGAAUAUGCGGCUAUCGAUGCUGCCAGCCGGGGCGUGCGCGGAUGGUUCAUGCGUCACAUUGUGCCAGAAUGCGUAGUGCCUCCCAGCAAGAGGCAUGUUGGAUUUGAGGACGACCGAGGGAGCGUGGUGCGGUACCGUCUGGACCUUGAGGAGGACGACGCAGAGAAGACUGAUGAUCGUAGUGAUCGGAGGCGCAAGAGUUGGUGGCUCAGCAUAUUCAGGCGAUGAACAUUU